AUACUUUGCCUAUUUACAGUACAACUUCUUCGAGAGAUCAAGCGAAGAAGAAGAAGAAGAAUAAGGAGGAAGAAGAAGGGGAAAAAAUGGGAAAAAAAUGAUGGGUUUUUUUCUUUGACCUUUCAGUUUUCCAUAUCUUCUCUCUUCCCUCUCCUUAAAAAAAUAAAAAUGGAAGCAGACGGUGGUGGAGUACUCCCCAUACCCUCUCAGACCGCUUCAUUUCCGCCCCAUGAUGAUGAUCGUCCUGAUUUUUCACCUGUUGGGUCGCCGGAGUCUCACUUUAUUGACGAUCUUUCUCAGCCGCCUGAUCAACUCCAUGCCCAAGUCACCGCUACUGUACUCACCGAUGAUCUUCGUAACAAGAUCGUUAAGCAGGUUGAGUAUUACUUCAGCGAUGAAAAUUUGCCUACUGACAAGUUUCUGUUGAAGUAUGUGACUAGAGACAAGGAAGGAUUUGUCCCUGUGAAAGUAAUUGCCUCUUUUAGAAAAGUUAAGAAGCUUACGAAGGAGACAUCAAUAAUAGCAGCUGCACUUGGGGAAUCUUCUCUGCUUGUUGUAAGCCGUGAUGGGAGAAAGGUGAAGCGACUUCAUCCUCUUCCAUUAAGUGAUAUUAAAGAUCCCAAGGUUUGUACUGUAUUGGUGGAAAAUUUACCUGAGGAUCAUUCAGUGAAUAACCUUCGAAGCAUAUUUGGCCAGGCUGGAAAUGUGAAGCAUAUUACCAUUCGUGAUCCACACACUGAAAGAGAUCCCAGAAAAUGCACAACUGCAGAGAAGCUGCUCAGUGGCAAGUUGCAUGCUCUUGUGGAAUAUAACACAGUGGAAGCUGCUGAAAAAGCUGUGACCAUUUUGAAUGAUGAACAGGAUUGGAGAUUUGGCUUGCGAGUCAAGCUUCUCAAGAAAAUAAACAAGCCUGGCCAAAGUAAGAAAGGUUGGAGAGAUCCAGAUUUUGAUAGGAAUAACAAUAUCCAAGCAUCUGAUCUGGCAGUUAAUGAGGAAAACAAUUCAAGUGAGCAUCGCGUUGAUUCACAAGACGAAGAGGAGGAUGACCAUCUAUUGAAGGAGACCAUUGGGGAGCAUGCACAAAAGGAGAAAAAUGGGCCCAGGGUGCCAACCAGAAGUCGAGGCCGUGGAAGGAGAAACAAGCGUGGCACAAAUGGACAUGGCCAUGGAGCUACUUCUUCCACUCAUUUGGUUGAACCAUCAAAACCUCCUCCUGGUCCAAGAAUGCCUGAUGGAACCAGAGGAUUUGCUAUGGGAAGAGGCCGACCUCUUUCUUCAUCUCCAAGCUAAUGAUGUUUUGUUAAAUGUGUCUUACUGCAAAUAUAAUCUAUGUUUUGAGGAUUGUGUUGCUAUGUAUUCAAUGUGAAAAAUGCUUGGAUGAUGAAUUUCAAUGGUUAGUGCUUCGAAUUUGCAAAUGUACUCCUGUGUUAUAGAAUUGUGGGUUCCUGGAGACAGAGGUAUAUAACAUUGUACUUUUGUGCCAUUAUGUUAUUAAAGACUAUUUUU